AUGACACAACUAUCGUCACUAGCGCUGUGCAUGGAAUUAAGCGAUUUCAAUGACAGAACGGCUCAAAACACUUCUGAAAUAAUCACUAUUAUCGUUGUAAACGGGUGGAGCGUAAACAAGACUCUUACACAACUUGAUCUUAGAAACAACCAAAUAUCCGAUAGAGGAGGUGAAGCACUAGCAAAAGCAUUGAAAGUAAACAAUACUCUCACUCGACUUGUUCUUCGCAAUAACCAAAUAUCCGAUAGAGGAGCUGAAGCACUAGCAGAAGCACUGAAAGUAAACAAUACUCUUACUCGACUUGUUCUUGGAAGUAACCGAAUAUUCGAUAGAGGAGGUGAAGCACUAGCAGAAGCACUAAAAGUAAACAACACUCUCACUCAACUUGAUCUUGGAUGGAACAAAAUAUCCGAUAGAGGAGGUGAAGCACUAGCAGAAGCAUUGAAAGUAAACAACACUCUCACUCAACUUGAUCUUGGAUGGAACAAAAUAUCCGACAGAGGAGGUGAAGCACUAGCAGAAGCACUGAAAGUAGACACUACUCUUACUCGACUUGUUCUUGGAAGUAACCGAAUAUCCGAUAGAGGAAGUGAAGCACUAGCAGAAGCACUAAAAGUAAACAACACUCUCACUCAACUUGAUCUUGGAGAGAACGAAAUAUCCGAUAGAGGAGGUGAAGCACUAGCAAAAGCGCUGAAUGUAAACAACACUCUCACUCAACUUGAUCUUGGAAACAACCAAAUAUCCGAUAGAGGAGGUGAAGCACUAGCAGAAGCAUUGAAAGUAAACAACAUUCUCACUCAACUUGAUCUUGGAAACAACCAAAUAUCCGAUAGAGGAGGUGAAGCACUAGCAAAAGCGCUGAAUGUAAACAACACUCUCACUCAACUUGAUCUUGGAGAGAACGAAAUAUCCGAUAGAGGAGGUGAAGCACUAGCAGAAGCAUUGAAAGUAAACAACACUCUCACUCAGCUUGAUCUUGAAAACAACCAAAUAUCCGAUAGAGGAGGUGAAGCACUAGCAGAAGCACUGAAAGUAAACAACGCUCUCACUCAACUUGAUCUUGGAAACAACCAAAUAUCCGAUAGAGGAGGUGAAGCACUAGCAGAAGCAUUGAAAGUAAACAACACUCUCACUCAACUUGAUCUUGAAUGGAACAAAAUAUCCGAUAGAGGAGGUGAAGCACUAGCAGAAGCACUGAAAGUAAACACUCUCACUCAACUUGAUCUUGGAAACAACCAAAUACCCGUGAGAGGAAGUGAGAAACUGAGAGUAGCGUUGCACCAAGAUGGGGUAGCGGUCCUGUAG